AUGUCUGGUUCGUCGCCCGUGUACCGGGCCAGCACAACUGCGCCUGUCAACAUCGCUGUCAUCAAGUACUGGGGUAAACGUGACACAACGCUGAAUCUUCCCACGAAUUCGUCGCUCUCCGUGACACUAUCUCAGAAGUCGUUACGGACACAUACAACCGCUUCAUGCUCCGAUUCCUACUCCGGUGCCGACUCGCUCAUCCUCAAUGGAGAAAAGGAGGAUAUCCAAUCCUCCAAGAGAACCCAGGCAUGCCUGAAACACCUCCGAUCGCUACGAGAGCAGCUGGAAUCCCGUGAUGGUUCUCUGCCGAAGCUCUCGAAAAUGACCCUACGGCUGGUCUCUGCGAACAACUUCCCUACGGCCGCGGGCCUGGCUUCGUCGGCUGCUGGUUUCGCUGCGCUGGUCAGAGCCAUCGCCGAUCUUUACGAGUUACCGCAGUCUCCCCAGGACCUGUCACUGAUCGCAAGGCAAGGCUCCGGUUCAGCGUGCAGGAGUCUUAUGGGUGGAUACGUGGCUUGGCGUGCAGGCACGAAAGAGGAUGGCAGUGACAGCUUGGCCCAAGAGGUGGCCCCCGUCUCACACUGGCCGGAGAUGAGAGCUCUGAUCCUGGUCGUCAGCGCCGAAAAGAAAGGCGUGCCGUCCACAGCGGGCAUGCAAACCACCGUCGAGACGUCCACGCUCGCACCCGCCCGGUUCAAAGACAUUGUUCCAAAGAGGAUGCAAGAGAUCGAAAAGGCCAUCCAUGAGCGCGAUUUUGAGACUUUCGCCCGCAUCACGAUGCAGGACUCGAAUUCCUUCCAUGCCAUCUGCCUGGACUCGUGGCCACCCAUUCACUACCUAAACGACGUCUCUCGCGCAGCCAUGAACGCAGUCGAGACAGCAAACCGCAAAGCAGGCAAAUUGAUUGCAGCCUACACAUUCGACGCCGGGCCUAACGCAGUCAUCUACUACCUGGAAGAACACACUCAUCAAGUGGCAGGUGUAUUCAAGAACAUCCUACCUAGGGUCUCGGGCUGGGAAGGGCAAUUCGGCGAGACAAUUCGACCGAACGAGUUUGGGAGUUUGGAGCAGAAGACACUGAUGACGUUAAAGAGUGGUGUGAGUCGUGUGAUUUGUACCGCCGUGGGCGGAGGGCCAGAGAAAGUGGAGCACCAUCUGGUGGAUGAGAGCGGGAAUGCAGUUAGGGAGUGA